AUGCCAUUGGUGACAGAUGAUUUGGAUGUAAAAUAUGGAGUAGUGAAUCAAAAUGAUGUGGCUGACAAGAAGAAACGAAAAAAAUCGAAAGGAAGGACACUGGAAAUCGAUUUCCUACUUCAUUCGAAUGGGCUAAUUCAAUCACAUGAAUCUAGCAUUUGCUAUGAUGCUAAUAAUCAGAAAUUUUUAUCAGCUUAUUCCUCUGACAUUGCUGCAGUGGGAAAUAAUUGUUCAGAUGAUAUAAUUAGUCAACUUUUGCCUACUAUCCGGGAUGCUAUGCAAGAAUUUUCAUAUAAUUUUGGCAAUCGUGCUUGUGAAAUAGGGGAAGUCGUCAGUUUCUUGAACUUAUCAAACAUUUCACUGCAGUCUAAACAGAUGCUUAGCUCCUUAAGUAAUGCGCAGUUAUAUAGGCUUUUCGAAAAGUUGAACAUAUUUCAUAUAUCAUAUGAAGGCUCAAGGAUGAUUCUUCAAAUGAUUGAUGAGCAGUUUUACCUUACUAAUUCUGAUGCGACUUUGUCACCAAGUAUCUCCUCUUUAUCUAACACUAAUAAUAAUGACCACUUAUUGACAUUAAUGAAGGGUACUUUAAAUAGUACUUCAGGCGCUUCUGUUGCUCAAACUAAAUCUUCCUCUGCGAUUACAGAUGAUUUUACAAAAUUACCGCAGCGAUAUUUAAAUGGAACCGAAACAGUAGGGCCGGAACUUGAUAGUGUAAUUAAUUCUCACCAAAAAGUUAUUGGAGGUACGAUGAUCUACAAACGUUUAUCUGCGGAUGAGCUGCUUGUUCAACAGAACGGGGAUAAUUUUUAUGAUCAGAACACAGAAUUAAUGGAUCGAAGGAUGCUCUUGCAAGAUGCAAGAUUUCAUUUGGAAAGGAGAUUUAUAGAACAGAAAUUGAAAGAUGUGGAAAAAAGAUACGAAGAAAGAUUAUCUAAUAUCUCUUCAAUGUUAAGAAAAGCUUAUAAAGAAAUAUUAGAUUUGCGAUUGGGGAAAGCAAAAGCAUUAGCAAAUAAAAGAAUGGGACAAGCUGAACUUGCUUUAAAGCAUGCUAAUGUAAUACACAGCAGAAUUGGAGAUGAAACGGUUAAAUCUGAUAUAAAACAAAUGGUAAGGCAGUGGGAACAGAUACUCAGGGAUUACAAAGCUUGGCAUGCUAAUUUGGAUAGAAUAGUAGAUGGUCAAAAGGCUCAAGUGGAUUCAAAUUAUCGCUUUGAUGAGUUGGCCCUUCUUUCGCCACCGGAUAAUAUUCCUUGUGCUCCGCAGUUACCUCCUAAUGCUUUGAAAUAUUUUCAACAACUUGAAUUCGAGUGCAGUUCGGGUGAUCCGUCGUCGGAACUUCUUCGAGUAAUUGGUCCUCCGGUUGGCUUUGAGAAAGAAGCCUUAGCAGGUAGUCGAUUUGGUGCAAUUGGACAACCCGCUCCUCCACUACAAAGAAAGAUAUUCACGGAAUCACAAAUAAAUAAAUUGGUUGAGAAGACGUUGGAGCAUUUCCAGGAUACUUAUGGAAGUACUUCAAAUUUGAAUCCAGAAGAAAUUAGAAAUGUACUAAACGAGCUCGAACGACGCCCUUUAUUGCUUACAUCGGAUGUAACUUUUUCUUCUGUUCUUUCUCAUGUGAUAAAGCGAUUUAUGGAAGUAAAUGGUGCUAGUGGUGAAAAAAAUAGCAGCCAACCGGGCACACCGUGCUGGACAUCGUUAUCGCCAGAGCAAUCUACUAUUCGCUUGGAAAAUCAAGACUGUAAAAUUUGCUUACAAUCACUGGCACUUGGUGAUAAAUUAGUACAGUGCCCUUCUUGUAUCGAUUCCUAUCAUUAUGAGUGUGGAAUUAAGUGGCUCAAACAAGACAGUACAUGCCCACAUUGCCAUCGAUUGGAGAGCAAUUUGGACGAUUUUUCAUCCUUGCCGAAGGCUGCUCCCUAA